CUGCUCAGCAGAUGUGAGCUGUGAGGUUGAUAGUGCAUUUCUCAGAAUCCUUAAAAAACGAUGACUCUCUUUUGGAAGGCAGGGCCAGGCUGUGGAGUGGGUGUUCCUCGGGCAGCACAGCUCUGCGGCUCCCAGGCCGUCCUCCUUUUGCAGGAUUUUUUUUUUUUUUUUUGGCAUGCUUGCAGCCAAGUCUUGGGAGAGUUUCCCGGACAGAGGUCCUUGUGGCCGCUGCCUUAAGACUUGCGGCCGAGGCUGCCACUGCUUUCUGACCCAGGCCACUGCAGGCAGCAGUCCCCACACACACAGCAUGGAGCUCUGGGGAGCCUACUUACUCCUCUGUCUCUUUACUCUCCUGACCCCCAUCACUGCUGAGUCGCCAACCCCCAAGGUCAAGAAGGCUGUAAAUGCCAAGAAAGAUGUCGUGAGCCCAAAGAUGCUUGAGGAGUUUAAGAACCGGCUGGACAGCCUGGCCCAGGAGGUGGCCCUGCUGAAGGAACAGCAGGCCCUGCAGACGGUCUGCCUUAAGGGCACCAAGGUGCACAUGAAGUGCUUCCUGGCCUUCCCCCAGCCGAAGACCUUCCACGAGGCGAGCGAGGACUGCAUCUCGCGCGGGGGCACGCUGGGUACGCCGCAGACAGGCUCGGAGAACGACGCCCUGUACGAGUACGCGCGCCAGAGCGUGGGCAGCGAGGCCGAGGUGUGGCUGGGCCUCAACGACAUGGCAGCCGAGGGCUCCUGGGUGGACAUGACCGGCGGCCGGGUGGCUUACAAGAACUGGGAGACCGAGAUCACGGCGCAGCCAGACGGCGGCAAAACCGAGAACUGCGCCGCCCUGGCCGGCGCGGCCAACGGCAAGUGGUUCGACAAGCGCUGCCGCGACGCGCUGCCCUACGUCUGCCAGUUCGCCAUCGUGUAGCCGCUGGCUGUGCGGCCGAGGAGGGAGACCCGGGGCGGGAGGGGUAGGGGUGGCGGGGUCCCGGGGAGGGGCGGGGA